CCUGCUUCGACCAAGCAGUUAGAUAGGAGUAGCAUCAUGGCGAGCUAUCCAAGGCUUUCGGCCUCAGGGUAGAAAGGCAUAUCAAGUUUAUCCGACGCGAUCCUGGAGAGUGGACCAGCGUCGAGGAUGGGGAUUUCCCUGUACCCUAGCCAUCUCAACACGCCGAAAAGAUUCCCGCAGUCACUCUUAAUGCUCCUGCUCAUGUACUUGACAAACUUAAGGGCAUCACCGCCGUCGCAUAGGACGAUGAUUAUCUUGUUCUAUGCAGCGACUUCAAAGAACAGAUAUUAUCUUGACAUUGUCGUUGCCCCCCUGACUUUUCGCCGACCAUGUAGACAUCCUAGCCACCUACAUCUUCGUUCCCCUCGGUGCUCCUUUACGUAACGGUCUCGGUCGCUGUGACUGGCUUAAUAGUGAAACCGUCGCUCUCGAGUUCAACUAUAGCUUCUAGAGCUAGAGAGACUCGCACUUUGUCAUUGACCUGGUCGUCACAAACUAA